AUGCUCAGCACCUUGGCUCGCACUGGCCGUUUGGCCACCCGCCGUUGCUUCUCCUCGGCUUCUUUGGAUGCCCAUAGCCAGGUUGUCGAUGACCAAAAGCCAAUGGAAGAGCAGAUCAACCCAUCUUUCUUCAAGAUGGUUGACUACUAUUUCGACAAGGGAGCACAGGUUCUUGAGCCCAAGCUUGUGGAGGAACUCAAGUCCAACGUUAUGUCCAACAAGGACAAGAAGAACGUUGUUAACGGCAUCCUCCGCUCUAUUAAGCCAGUUAACAAGGUCCUCUACAUCACUUUCCCAAUCCGUCGUGAUAACGGAGAGUUCGAGGUUAUCGAAGCCUGGCGUGCUCAGCACUCCGAGCAUCGUACACCAACAAAAGGAGGUAUUCGGUACUCCAUGGAUGUUUGCGAAGAUGAGGUCAAAGCUUUGUCCGCUCUCAUGACUUACAAGUGUGCUGCCGUCGAUGUUCCAUUCGGAGGAGCUAAGGGAGGAGUUAGAAUCGACCCCAAGAAAUACACCGACUACGAAAUCGAAAAGAUCACUCGCCGUAUCGCUGUUGAGUUCGCCAAGAAGGGAUUCCUCGGACCCGGAGUUGAUGUCCCAGCCCCUGACAUGGGAACCGGAGAACGUGAAAUGGGAUGGAUCGCUGAUACCUACGCCCAAACUGUUGGACAUCUUGACAGAGAUGCUUCCGCUUGCAUCACUGGAAAGCCAAUUGUCUCUGGAGGAAUUCACGGACGUGUUUCUGCCACCGGAAGAGGAGUCUGGAAGGGAUUGGAAGUAUUCGCCAAUGACGCUGAGUACAUGAGCAACAUCGGACUCACCACAGGACUUGCUGGAAAGACCGUUAUCAUCCAAGGAUUCGGUAAUGUAGGACUUCACACUAUGCGUUACCUCCACAGAGCCGGAGCCAAGUGCAUCGGAAUCCAAGAAUACGAUUGCGGAGUCUUCAACCCAGAUGGUAUGCAUCCAAAGGAACUCGAAGACUGGAAAGAGAAGACUGGAAGCAUCAAGAAUUUCCCAGGAGGAAAGAACUUCGAACCUUUCGAGGAGCUCAUGUACGAGAAGUGCGAUAUCCUCGUUCCAGCCGCUUGUGAGAAAUCUAUUCACAAGGAAAACGCUACCCGUAUCCAAGCUAAGAUCAUCGCUGAAGCCGCCAACGGACCCACAACCCCAGCCGCUGAUAAGAUCCUCCUUGCUCGUGGAGAUUGCCUCAUCAUUCCAGACAUGUACGUCAACUCUGGUGGUGUGACCGUUUCUUACUUCGAAUGGCUCAAGAAUCUCAACCACGUUUCUUAUGGACGUCUUACCUUCAACUAUGAGAGAGAAGCUAACGCUAUGCUCCUCAGAUCUGUCCAAGACUCUGUCGAGGAGGCUCUUAACCAAAAGGUCCCAAUCAAGCCAAACGCUGAUUUCAACGCUAAAAUGGCUGGAGCCAGCGAGAAGGAUAUUGUCCACUCUGGACUCGAAUACACCAUGCAAAGAUCAGGAGAAGCUAUCAUCAGAACCGCCCACAAGUACAACCUCGGACUUGACAUCCGUACUGCCGCUUACGUCAACGCUAUUGAAAAAGUUUACAACACAUACAGAACUGCCGGAUUCACUUUCACAUAA